AUGUCGGCAUCGCUGGGCCCCCGCGGUCCACGGCCACCCGCCGCGCCGCCCACCAUGCCCGAGAUGCCGGACCUGAGCCACUUAACUGAGGAGGAGAGGAGCAUUAUCAUGGCCGUGCUGGAGAGGCAGCGAGAGGAGGAGGAAAAGGAAGAGGCGAUGUUAAAGCGAUUACAUCAACAAUUUGAGAGCUACAAGGAACAGGUACGAAAAAUAGGUGAUGAAGCACGUCGUUACCAGGGGGAGCACAAGGAUGAUGCUCCAACCUGUGGGAUCUGCCUCAAAACCAAGUUUGCCGAUGGCUGUGGCCAUAUCUGCUCUUACUGCCAGACCAAAUUUUGUGCCCGGUGUGGUGGUCGGGUUACUCUUCGCUCAAAUAACGAGGACAAAGUGGUAAUGUGGGUAUGCAAUUUAUGUCGUAAACAGCAGGAAAUUCUCACAAAAUCAGGAGCGUGGUUCUUUGGAAGUGGAACAGCACAGCCCCCCAACCAGGAUGGGACCCUGAGUGACACAGCUACAGGGGCUGGUUCUGAUGCACCCAGGGAAAAGAAAGCAAGACUGCAGGAGCGUUCACGAUCCCAGACCCCUUUAAGUACAGCAGGAGCAACACAAGAGACUACACCACCCGACAAGACUCGGGUGUCUGAACUUACUUGGCAAGAAAUGGGUUUUGAACAGAAGCAAUCUUCAGCAAGAUCUCGGAGCGAACCCCCGAGAGACAGGAAGAAGAGUUCAUCAGUUUCAGAACUGAAUGGAAAAGGACCGAAAGGUGAACGGAAACGCACACCAAAGGCAUCCCUUCAGCAAGGUGAGAGGCCAGUUGAUGAAAGGGAGCAUAGAGAACGGCGAGAAAGCCGACGCUUAGAGAAAGGUCGUUCACAGGACUAUCAAGACAUGGGUGAGAACUUAGAGGUGGAAAACUUUGCAGAUGAGGAAAAACAAAGGAUUGAAGAGGAAUAUCAGAAUCGAUAUAAAAGUGACCCUAACCUGGCAAGGUAUCCAGUUAAACCUCAGCCUGAGGAACAACAGAUGCGAAUUCAUGCUAAAGCGUCUAGAGCAAGACAUGAAAGAAGGCACAGUGAUGUAUCACUGCCCCACACCGAGGCUGAGGAAGGUCAGGUGACAGAGGACUUAUUGUCAAGAAGGACUCAGCAACAGGAGGUAAAAGAGCGGAAAUCCCCAGUUGAAAAAACUGCAGAUGUACAAAUGGUUGGUUCGAAGCAGCAGCAUUUGAGCCCACCAACAUCUAGACGGAGCCCAGUUCCUACAGAACACUUGGAGGUAAAGGAUUAUGACACCUACAAGAAGCACUUGGAUCCCAGUUCUGCUGUGGUUCGAACAAAGCGAGACAGAAAUGAAGCAAUGCUGCGUAAUGAUUCGCUUAGUUCUGACCAGUCAGAAUCAAUCAGACCACCUCCACCAAAACCACACAGAAUGAAAAAAGUUGGAAAGAAAAGACAAAUGUCAGUCAGUAGCUCUGAGGAAGAGGGCGCAUCAACACCAGAAUAUACCAGCUGUGAAGAUGUGGAAAUUGAAAGUGAAAGCGUCAGUGAGAAAGAAGCUCUGUUUGGGAGAAGACAGUUGAUAUGCCCUGUUUCCCCCGUGUCAUGCUGUGGUGAUUUAGAUUACUAUUGGUUGGACCCAGUCACAUGGCAUAGCAGUGAGACCUUACAUAUCAGCUCGCAUCCUGUUACAUGGCAACCAUCCAAAGAAGGAGAUCGUCUAAUUGGACGCAUUAUUUUAAACAAGAGAACAAGUAUGCCGAAAGAGUCGGGAGCUCUGCUUGGGUUGAAAGUGGUUGGUGGAAAGAUAACAGAAACAGGACGACUCGGGGCCUUCAUCACCAAAGUAAAAAAAGGCAGUUUAGCUGAUGUUGUUGGCCAUUUGAGAGCUGGUGAUGAAGUUCUUGAAUGGAAUGGUAAACCAUUACCAGGAGCUACAAAUGAAGAAGUUUACAAUAUCAUUUUGGAAUCAAAGUCAGAACUUCAAGUUGAAAUAGUUGUUUCAAGGCCAAUUGGUGAUAUACCUAGAAUCCCAGAGAGUUCCCAUCCUCCUUUGGAGUCUAGUUCAAGUUCCUUUGAGUCACAGAAGAUGGAACGGCCAUGCAUUUCUGUCAUUUCUCCGACUAGCCCUGGAGCACUGAAAGAUGCCCCUCAGGUUCUACCUGGACAGCUUUCAGUGAAACUCUGGUAUGAUAAAGUCGGCCACCAGCUGAUAGUUAAUGUGUUACAAGCCACGGAACUUCCUUCCCGAGGAGAUGCUCGGCCCAGGAAUCCCUAUGUAAAAAUGUACUUCCUUCCAGAUCGAAGCGACAAGAGUAAACGGAGGACCAAAACAAUCAAGAGAAGUUUAGAGCCAAAAUGGAACCAAACAUUUGUCUAUUCUCAUGUACAUCGGAGAGACUUUCGAGAACGGAUGUUAGAAAUCACGCUGUGGGAUCAACCUCGAGUACAAGAAGAAGAAAGUGAAUUUCUUGGAGAGAUCCUUAUAGAGCUGGAGACAGCAUUGCUUGAUGAUGAACCACACUGGUACAAACUUCAGACACAUGAUGUAUCAUCACUACCUCUGCCUCAGCCAUCACCCUACAUGCCGCGGCGGCAUGUACAUGGAGAGAGUCCUAGUAAAAGGCUACAAAGAUCUCAUCGAAUCAGUGAUAGUGACAUCUCAGAUUAUGAUGUUGAUGAUGGUAUUGGAGUGGUCUUGUCAGGUUAUAGGGCUAGCAGUAGAGAAAGUAGAUCAAGCACACUAACUGUCCCAGAUCAGCAGAGAACCCCACACCAUCGUUCACGUUCUGUCUCUCCUCAUCGUGGUGACGACCAGGGCAGGACCCGGUCACGUUUACCCAGUGUCCCACUACAGAGGAGUUUGGAUGAAAUCCAUCAAAGUCGACGGUCUCGUUCCCCCACUCGGUACCAAGAUGCCUCCCGUAGUCCAGUUGAACGCAGGCCGAGGGACAUAAACAGUUAUUAUACAUAUGAAAGAGACAGGUACAGUGUUCAGCAAAGUUACUCCAUUCUCCUGUUGUUUCUGUUUGGAUCCAGAAAAAAGAAACUAAAGCUUCCACAUGAGUUUCAGAAAAAUAUUGUGAAAUCAAAGUAA